GUUUGCACGUGCCACAGACACAAGUCAUACUUACUUUCACCAAGUCGAGUCUCGACCAGCUAUCUAGCAACGAACCCUUCAUGGGGGCUUAUUACGACGAGAUCGAAAUUGAAGAUAUGGCAUGGGAUGAGGUAAAAGGCGUCUACCAUUACCCCUGCCCCUGCGGUGACCGCUUCGAGAUCUCUCGCAAGCAGCUCACCAACUGCGAGGAUAUCGCGACCUGUCCAAGUUGUAGUCUGAUCAUUAGAGUUGUCUAUGAUCCGCUUGAUUUUGAAGACGAAUCUCCAGAUGACGAGGGGUCUGCGUCGGAGGAAAGUGAAGAGCAUGAUGAGGAUGAUGAUGAUGAUGAUGAUGAUGAUGAUGAUGAUGAUGAUGAUGACAGCGACGCAGACCAGUUCGAGGAUGCUCUUGAGAAUCUUUCUCUGACUGAGCCACCGGCAGCAUUGGUUGCAGCAGCGGCAUGAGAGAUUAAUUUCCUCGCUCAUUCCGUCUCGCUGAUCUUGCUGGAUGAUAUUUUAUGACGCGCAAUAUUAAUGCACUACUCUGUCAACAUAAAAUCUUCUUUACGAAGCGCAU